UGUUCCUUCUCUAGAUCUACGAGUAUCGACCUAAGAUUCGGCUCUUCCCCGCUAUGCUCUCAGCUUUUGAUUUUAUCCAACUCAUCAUUUCAUCCAUGGCUCAUAUUUUGACAUGUGUAAUUUCGCACUUGCCACGUCAUCAGCAGCUCCACACCGCCAUUUCUUACACGUCAGCACCUCCCUCCCUCUCUAAUAAUAUCUUUUCUUCCCCCUUCAAAUAUUUCUCAAUGUCAGUCAAGCAUUUUUCUUUACUCGUUAUAUAAUUUUUGUCAAAACCCCACUAACCAAGUAAUCUGGAAUUAUUCUCAUGGCGGCUUACUUAUCCAUGGAUAAGCUGUAAAGUUGAUGGGAGCUCUUUCUGUGAAAUUCACAGUGUGAAUGAUAUGGUUUUGUCGAUAAAGGAAAGGUGGACAACGGUAUGUGUCACGAGCAGAAAGAAGCAAGGCAUGGAGUAGUGAGAGAUGGGCAAGGUUCAGGCUCAAUUGGGGAAAAUGGAUCAAGGAUUGUUGAGAGAACUUUAAAUGUAAAUAAUGGGUCCUUGGAAGCAAUUGAGGUGCAUGACGUGUCAGAAAUUCCUCAGCGACAACCUCGAGGUUCCAUGAUACGUUGGGAGAGGUUUCUCCCGUUCAGGACCAUCAAAGUUCUCCUUGUGGAAAAUGAAGACCUCACACGCCAUCUUGUUAGUGCAUUACUACAAAAUUGUAGUUAUGAAGUUGUGGCUGUUGCAAAUGGUCUUCAAGCAUGGAAACUUCUAGAAGAUCCAACUAACCACAUUGACAUUGUCCUGACAGAGGAGGACAUGCCUGUUUUAUCAGGAAGUGAUCUUUUAUGCAUGAUUAUGAACCACAAAAUGUUGAAGAAUAUCCCUGUGAUAAUGAUGUCAUCUCAUGAUUGCAUCAAUCUAGUGUUUAAGUGUUUGUCAAAGGGUGCAGUUGAUUUUCUAGUAAAACCUAUUCGGAAGAAUGAACUUAGAAAUCUUUGGCAGCAUGUUUGGAGGAGAUGCCACAGUUCUAGUGGCAGUGUCAGUGAAAGCGGAACACUGUCAAAAAAGUCAAUCAAGUUGAAAGUUAAUGAUGAGCCUGAGAAUUAUGCUGCCAACAGUGAUGAACAUGAUGAUGACAGUGAUGUUCCAGUGGGUUGUAAUGGAAGCGAAAAUGGGAGUGGCACCCAGAGUUCAUGGACAAAAAGGGCAGCUGAAGGUGAGAGUUCUCAGCCGAUGUCUUCCUUAAAUCGAUUUCCUGGUGCUCCCAAUAGCACUUGUGCCCAGGUGGUUCAUGUGAAGCAUGAAAAACGUAGGAGCCCAUGGACAUGUGUUACUCAGAGAAAAGAAUGCCAAGAACAGCAUGAACAACUUCUUGAUGCCACUGAGGGAAAGGACUUAGAAGUAAGAGUUGAAAGCAAUAAUGAAUGGCAAUGUGGCAAUCAAUGCAAAAAUUCACCUACUCACCUGGCAGAAGCAGCCUCUAAGACAUUUGACAGGGGAUGGUUUGAGCACCAGGAUGAGAACAUUACUGGCAAGGAUCGAAUCCCUGAUAUAAUUGCCACAUUACAACAAGCUGAAUGUAGAGCAUCUGAUGCUCCAGGCGGCCCUUCUGAUGUCCCACAACUUAAAGAUGGAGCUUGCCAUGGAUCUGAAGAAAAGCUAUCCUUUGAACUGACUCUUAAGAGGUGGCAAGGAGCAUCAGAUGGUAGAAAUGCUGCAAAUGAUGGGCAUAAUGUUUUGAGACAUUCUGAUUCAUCAGCUUUCUCAAAAUACAGUACUGCAUCUUCAGCUAAGCAGGCUCUCACAGGGAAUGUAGGAAGCUGUUCUCCACUUGAUCAUAGUUCUGUCACAAAGAAGACUGAAAUAAUGUGCACUUUUCCAUCACAUUCCAAUGGUAUUCUUUUGAAUCAGUCAUCAGUAGGAAGCAACAACAAAAAUGAUAUGACUACUACUGCUAAAUUUGUCGGCCCAAAGCCAAAAGCUUUGGUUGACAAGUCUGGGUCCAUUUCAACAUUUAAAUGCCUUCACUCUUCUUCCUUCCAACCAAUGCAUGGAUGUUGUAUUUGUUCAUCUCAGGAAGUGUCACCUGAAACGGUUGGUCAUGAUACCUCGCUGAAGAUCAUGGCAAUAACUGAUAAACAAUGUAGAUCAUCCAGUAGUGUAAAUGGGAGUGCCUCCGGGAGCAACUAUGGUAGCAAUGGACAUAAUGGGAGUGAAACCGGUUUACGUGCUGAACAUGCAGUCAUGGAAGAUGGCAAUGGGACAGCGAGUGGGAGAAGUGGUGGUAGUGGCGCAAAUGAAGACCGGGUUGCACAGAGAGCGGCUGCCUUGACCAAAUUUCGCCAGAAAAGGAAAGAAAGAUGUUUUGAAAAGAAGGUACGGUAUCAGAGCAGGAAGAAGUUGGCAGAGCAACGACCCCGUGUGAAGGGGCAAUUUGUGCGGCGAACCAUUUCUGAUUGGGAAGGAGGAAAAGAUAAUUCGAGUUACGAUUUCACAUCUGAAGACAGAUAUUCUGAUAGUUUAAGAUAACACAGGCAAGGUUUGCUGAUUACUAACUUUACCCUUUUCCCCUUCCCAUGCCUAUAAAAUAUUGCGUACAUAAGAUGAGCAGUGGCUGUAUGUCUUGGGAAUUAAUACGUUGACGUAGUUUCUAUAUCGCAUGAAAAACAAACAAUAGAUUUUAGAACUUAUAUCCGACUUGCCCGGAACUCAAAAUAAUUGAACUGAAAGGAAA